AUGCUCUACCAAGUGUCCUUCUUCCUGUUCAUCGUGUUUGUCGUCUACACCAUGCUGCCUUUCUCCAUGAGAGGGGCCAUUAUCGCCAGCGCCAUCACCUGCUUCUCGCACACUGUCACCCUCAGCGUCUGUCUGGCCUCCACCGUCACAGAACUGGAACCUCUAGUCUGGCAGAUUUUAGCUAAUGUGAUCAUCUUCACCUGUGGUAACCUGGCCGGAGCCUACCACAAACAUCUAAUGGACCUGGCUCUCAAACAGACCUACCAAGACACCUGUAACUGCAUCAAGUCCCCCAUUAAACUAGAGUUUGAGAAGCACCAACAGGAGCGUUUACUGUUGUCACUACUGCCGGCUCACAUAGCCAGGGUGAUGAAAGCCGAGAUCAUCCAGAGGCUGCAGGGACCCAACUUUGGCCGAACUGAGAGCACCAACAACUUCCACAAUCUCUAUGUGCAGCGGCACACCAAUGUCAGCAUUCUGUAUGCUGACAUUGUGGGCUUCACCAGGCUGGCCAGUGACUGCUCCCCAGGGGAACUUGUGCAUAUGCUGAAUGAACUCUUUGGCAAGUUUGACCAGAUUGCAAAGGAAAACGAGUGUAUGCGCAUCAAGAUUCUGGGAGAUUGUUACUACUGUGUUUCUGGUCUGCCUGAGUCGCUUCCUCACCACGCCAGGAACUGCGUGAAGAUGGGCUUGGAUAUGUGUGAGGCCAUCAAGAAGGUCCGAGAUGCAACCGGAGUCGAUAUCAACAUGCGUGUUGGUGUUCAUUCUGGGAAUGUCCUGUGUGGUGUCAUUGGCCUCCGGAAGUGGCAGUAUGAUGUGUGGUCACAUGAUGUAACAUUGGCCAAUCACAUGGAGGCAGGAGGUGUGCCAGGGAGGGUCCAUAUCUCUUCGGUGACGUUGGAGCAUUUAAAGGGCUCAUAUAAGGUGGAGCCUGGAAACGGACAGAGCCGAGACUCCUACCUGAAAGAACAUGGAGUGGUCACCUUCCUGGUCAUCAACCCCAAGACUGAAAAGCACAGCCCUCUGUUGGGUGUGCGGUCUCGUCCCUCUCUGGAUGGUGGGAAGAUGAGGGCGUCUGUCAGAAUGACCCGAUACCUGGAGUCCUGGGGUGCUGCCAAGCCCUUCGCCAACCUUCACCAUCGAGAUAGCAUGACUACAGACAAUGGCAAGAUCAACACAACUGACGUUCCAAUGGGGCAGUACCACUUCCAGAGGCGAGAGAGGUCCAAAUCUCAAAGGAGGAGGUUUGAGGAGGAACUCAAUGAGCGAAUGAUUCGCACCAUCGACGGCAUUAACUCGCAGAAACAGUGGCUGAAGUCUGAGGACAUCCAGAGGAUCUCAUUGUUCUUUCACAACAAAGCUCUGGAGAAAGAGUACAGAUCCACGACAUUACCAGCCUUCAAGUACUAUGUCACCUGCGCCUGCCUCAUAUUCUGCUGUAUAUUCAUCGUGCAGAUCCUCGUCUUGCCGAAAACUGCUGUGCUGGGGAUCUCCUUUGGCCUGACAUUCCUGCUGUUGGCUUUGAUCCUGCUCCUUUGCUUUGCUGGUCAUGUUCUGCAGGGAAGGAAGGGGUCCUUCUGCUCUUUGACCUGGUUCCCAACUUCCUCCCACAUCAUUGUCACCAAUAAUCCCUGGCUGCGAUUGGUCCUCACCAUGACGACCACUGCUCUCAUAUUGGUGAUGGCCGUCUUCAAUAUGUUCUUUGUGGAGGAUCCGGGAGGAUCCGGGGAAGACGAACUGACAACUACUCCACCUGAAGUCCUGAUAACUACUCCACCUGUGAAUCUAACUAAUGCCAGCCUGUUGGACUACACGGAAGAAAACACAGGAGAAAACAAGUUUUAUCUGCCAUACUUCAUCUACUGCUGUAUACUGGGCCUGGUGUCGUGCUCGGUGUUCCUGAGGAUCAACUAUGAGCUGAAGAUGGUGGUGAUGCUGGUUGCCGUGGUGAUCUACAACAUCAUCAUCCUCCAGACACAUGCCUCCCUGCUGGAUGGAUUUAGCGAAGCGCUGUACCCCACAGUUACGCUGGAAAGGUACCUGCAAACACUCCCUCUCUCUCUCGCUCUCUCUCUCUCUUCUCUGCUUUAG